AUGGUCAAAAUAUGGCGCCGUGGUGUUACCAAAUACCUGCAGAAAAAGGGUUUAGUCCCCAAGGACAUUCAUGCUUACAUGGUUGCCACGUUAGGGGAUGACGCUCCAGCUGUAUUAACAACGCAAAAGUGGACAGCUGAACUUAGGGGUGAGGAGAUUCUUGAAGUUGGCCCCAAAUCUGGAAGUCCUGCAACUUCCACCACCGAAGAAAACAUUGAUCGUGUUCACCACAUAAUGAUGGAUGACACACGAUUGACCAUAAAUCAAAUAGCCAGUAUUAUUAGCAUAUUCUCACCAGAGAAAAUAUAUUUGAUCAUCGCUGAUCAUUUCACUGCUUACGUACUAUUUUCACUAAACAAUUUACGCCAUUUACUAGCUAUUCCUUAUUAA